GGACGCACGCACACACGCACGCAGUGUGGGAGGCAGCGCGCGCUGAUGUUGUACCGGAGAUUCGGGAUUCGCCCGGUGUCUGUGCGCUUUUUUUUAAUAUCGGUAUCAUUUUAAUAUUUAAAGACCCUCCAUCUUUAUUUAUUUUCCCAUCCAUGGAGGAGAACGGGCCUGUCUCGCGCGUCGUGAUCGCUUGGAAGGAAAGGAAGGAAAACCCAAAGCAUUAAAUCCGCUCCUACUAUAAAUAAAUGGUUUUGGAGCUGGCAGCGCCCGCAAGUGCAGGCCCGCUGCUGCAGCGCUCCAUCCCGCACAUCGAGCGUGUUUUCCGGGUCAGGGUGAGCUGCAGCGCCGCCGACACCCACACACACACCCACACACGCGCACACACCGCCACCGGGACACACACCGACACCGGCACCGACACCGAUCCCGACCCCAGGAGCGACCCGGAGACCGGCGGCGGAGUGGUCGUGAUCAUCCAGGAUGGCACGGAGGAAGACUGCAGCAGGGCUAAAGACUACAUCGUGUGUCUGAUCUCUCCGGCACUGAGGCAUCAUGAGCGUUUGACCCUGUGGCUCCAGCGUCGUCUUCGUGAGCCUGAGAGCUCCGAGGCCCGAGAGCAUGUGCCUGAGCUGAUGGAGGACGAGGAAGGAGAGGAAGAAGGGAGUAGCUCGGAGAGUGAAGGAGAGAGACGGAGUGCAGGAAGAGGACACGGAGGAGGAGAAGGAGGAAGGAGGAAAACCGAGCUGAUGAUGGCGACUAAGCCUCACCGCCAGCUGUGUCGCUCUCCGUGUCUGGACCGUCCGAGUUUCAGCCAGAGCAGCACGCUACAGGAACUGCGCGCUGAAGACUCUCCGGUCACUCCCACUUCCUCAUCACUGGCACUGCCCACUCCCUCAGUGGGCCACGCCCCUUCAGAUCGGGACUACCAGAGCAAAAUGGAGUUUGCGCUGAAGCUAGGCUACUCUGGCGAGCAGGUGGAGGCCGUGCUGAGCAAACUGGGACCGAGUGCGCUCACUAACGACGUCCUGGCCGAACUCGUGCGUCUCGGGAAUAAAGGAGAAAUCGAAGCACAAACGCAGACGCAAACGUCCACCGGAUUAACGCCGACCGGGUUAACGCUAACCCCACGCGGCUCUGGAGCGAAAGAAGCCGUGAGUCCUGAGGCUUCACUCGAGGAGGAGACAAACGACACGUACGAUAACCUCCGACCCAUCGUUAUAGACGGAUCCAACGUGGCCAUGAGCCAUGGAAACAAAGAGGUUUUCUCAUGCCUGGGCAUCCAGUUGGCGGUUGACUGGUUCCUGGAGCGAGGACACAAAGACAUCACAGUGUUUGUGCCGGCGUGGAGGAAAGAGCAGUCCCGACCCGACGCUCCUAUAACAGAUCAGGAAAUCCUGAGGAAGCUGGAGAAAGAAAAAAUCCUUGUCUUCACUCCUUCCCGUCGAGUCCAGGGACGACGUGUCGUCUGUUACGACGAUCGGUUUAUUGUUAAAUUGGCGUGCGAUUCAGACGGCAUCAUCGUGUCCAACGACAACUAUCGAGAUCUGCAGAAUGAAAAGCCAGAGUGGAAAAAGUUCAUCGAGGAACGGCUUCUCAUGUACAGUUUUGUCAAUGACAAGUUUAUGCCACCGGAUGACCCACUAGGCCGACAUGGCCCAAGCCUGGAAAACUUUCUCCGCAAGCGGCCUGUCGUGCCGGAGCACAAAAAGCAACCGUGUCCUUACGGUAAGAAGUGCACGUAUGGUCACAAGUGCAAGUACUACCACCCGGAGAGAGCAGCGCAGCCUAUCCGAUCUGUCGCAGACGAACUCAGAGCUUUUGCCAAGCUGUCUGCCGUCAAGACCAUGAGUGAAGGUGCUCUUGUAAAAUGUGGCACUUCUGGCACCACGGCAAAAGGGGACUGUUCUGAGGUGAAACGUGUGGCGCCGAAACGUCAGUCGGACCCGAGCAUUCGUUCAGUGGGCUGCGAGCAGGAGGAGCGACUCUGCCCGGCUCGGAAAGCCGAAGCUAGUUCGGUUCCAUCUUUAGUGACGGCUCUUAGCGUCCCGACCAUGCCGCCGACAAAAAGUCACGCAGCCGGGGCAUUGAACACUCGUUCUGCUAGUAGCCCUGUACCGGGGUCGCUUCACUUCACACACAGCUCGCUAGAACACGCCGGAAGCAUCCAAUACCCUCCGAUCUUGGUCACCAACAGCCAGGGUGCAUCCGUGGCAUACAGUGAACCUUUUCCCAAAUACGAUUCCGUAGUUAGUGACCAUGGCUACUAUUCAAUGCUGAGCGAUUUCUCCACCAUGAGCUUAGGAAGCAUGCAAGACAGCUUCUGUAGCUUAGAACAGCCGGAUCCGGUCGGAGUCGGAGGAGGAUAUCCUGGUCGAGCUUCCAGCAUUUGUCCUGAAUCUGGACGCAGCCACUCUUCGGACUCGUUCUCCUCUUACGGUGGAGAGAUGUACUCCAUGGAAGGUAGCUUGGAUGAUGGGAUGAAGGUUCCACAAUCUGCGCAAUCCCAAGUGCAAUCCCAAGCACAGUCCCGCUUGCAAGCAUUUGCACAUGGGUUCCACCAUGAGGCUUUGACGAGAGUCCAAAGUUAUGGCACGGAUGAACCCAAACCGGGACCACGCAAACAAUCCUCGGCCCACCUCGUGCCUCACGCGCAGCAUCAGGUGGUUGGAGCUCGAUCCAGUUGCCCGGGUGACUAUCCUCCGCUUCCCCAGAACGUGUUGCCUUCGUCUGGCCCUGCUCAGCAAGGCAGAUCCUUGGGAAUGACACGAAUGGACAGCAUUUCAGAUUCCCGUCUUUACGAAAGUAACCCUCUUCGGCAGCGUCGGCCCCCUCUGUGUCGAGAGCAACAUGCCAGCUGGGAUCCUUUGCCGUGUGGGAAUGAGCCUUACGGGUACGGAGGUUACGGCUUGACGGGAGGACUCAUGCCUUGUUGCGAACGAGUCAUGGUUCGGAGUAUGCCAGAAAAGAUGGAACAGAUUUGGAGGUCACCAUGGGAUAUGCCAUCAGGACCUCACGGACCGAUGGAACCGCAAGAGCGACAUCCGAUCCCUGAACAUCAGUACCAGACUUACCGAAACCUCUGCAAUAUCUUCCCAGCAUACGUAGUCCACUCGGUCAUGGAGAAGAAUCCUCAUAUGACGGAUCCUCAGCAGCUAGCUGCAGUUAUUGUAACGAAACUACGGUCCUGUCAUUGAGCAAGUGAAGGAGAAGCAGCACAACGUCUUACCGCAGUAUAUAUAUUUUUUAAUUUCAUCUACACAGCCAGUCACUUGAAAGAUAUAAUUCCUUAUCCGUCUGCUCUUCUUUUUUUCCUACCCUGGUGAUCUUUCCAUGUCGCAACAUAGCUCGCUUGUUUGCAUUAGCACCAUGAUUCAGAUUUGCAAUGCUACAUCAUGUAGCAUGAUUCUGGGUGGAUCCAUGUUUGAUGACGGGCCUUGUACCAAGGUUAAAGAAAUCAUCUACUGGAGAACGAAGCAAGUUUGUUGAUUGAUGAAGGUGUUUAAAGCAAUUUAAUACUUCAUGCUCAUGCCUUUGAGCUUUUCAUUUUGGGAAAAUGACAAAAACGCACGUACGGUACAAAGAGGAAAGCAAGACCUGAGUCUAGAUCACGAAGACCAGCUGUUUGUUUUUUUGUGUGCUGUAUUUUCCAGCCAAUACAUUAUAUUGGACUCUAUAACACUCUCACCCCCAAAUUCUGGCAGCAAUGAUGCACAUUGCUUAGUCGCAUUAUAUAAUAUAGCAGGCGUCUUUAUUUUGUUGGAUUAUACCGCCUGGAUAAUAGUGUCUUAUUCUCUGGAAAAUACAGUAAUAUUAACAGUUUCAGUCAUUUUGUCUCAUAAGGAACAUGAAUUGUAGUAGUUUUAUGUUAAAAACGUUUAAUUUGAGAAUUAAACUUAAUACUUAGGAAAGAAAUUAUACUUAAGAAAAAAAAAAAAACCUUGUAGGGAAACACUGAUCAGAAACGAUUGUGAUACGAGUACAAUCACUUGCACCAGUGUAAAUAUUGUGACCGUGCGAUUAUCUUACGUUUUUAUUCCUCGUGAAAAGGUGAAUACAUGAAAUUUUCCGAAAGGAGUGUUAACUCUCGAGUACCUCAAAGCAUGAACUUUGACCUUUUUAAACUUUUAUGGCCUUACAUCGUGUGACCUCACUACAAGUGUGUUAACGUGAUAUAUAUAAAUAUAUAUAUUUUUCUGAUGGUUGUUGAGGUCACCGUGUGUGUUUAGUAUUUAAGCACUAGCGGUUAUUUAGAGCAAUUAUUUUCCUGACACCGCCGACCUGCCAAAAAAAAAACAACAAAAAAAACUGACAACAUACAAAUGGCAUCCCUAUGUCCUCACUCGCACUAAGCCAUUUUUAAAGAUGACUUCACGCUGCUUAAGCAAGGCCAAAAAGAUAAUCAAUGUGUGUUUGAGUUUUACAUAAAUGCUAGCUAGUGGCUAGCAUUAUAUAGCCUGUUAGAUGUGUUUGUUGUGCAGUAACUUUACGCAAUCUAGAAAAGUCCUCAGAUUACAUUUGAACGUGUUUACGUGGUCUUUAAGCUCUGUUUUGGUAACGGAUUAGUAUUUGGGCUUGUGAGUCAUAAAAGAUAUGACAUUUGUUUCCAAAUUUACGUGUUUUAAUAGCUGGAAGUAUGAAAAGAUACAGCGGCGGUGAUUUAUCCGGACGAUUUUAACUUUGGCGUGGAAACUGCCGAUCUUGUCCGCCUUGACGUCGUAGAUGCCGUAGAUCCGCUCCCAUUGGCUGAAAUACCUACGUAGCUUGAAAUUAAUUAAAAUGACGAUUUUUUUAGCUACUCUUCUUGCUAAAUUAGCUAGCUCGUGUUACAGCAAGGGGCUAAACGUGAAUCGAUUUCUCGCUAAUAACAGUAGCCGAGUAGCAUUAUGGGUAUAAAGUAACCUAAUUAGCUCGCUAGCUGAACGCUGUGACCCGGACCGGGUCCUGAAAGGUCGAUUUUGUAACGAUGACGUCAAGGAGGACUCGGUUAUUUUAGUGUAAAUUUUAGCAUUUAGAAAUGUACUCAUUAUAGCUUUAACAAGCUACGAACUGAUGCAUGAGAUAAUAACUCAAGAGUCCUGCGCUUAAUCGGCUCGUGAGUCAGUUAAGACGUAUUGCAACACAGCGAAAUUUGUGCAUUAACGAAGGGACGGCAGUCGACGUGUCUCAUCAGCAAAAUGCUCCUGAAGAGCAUCUGUUUUCUGAUUGGUGCUGGGAGACAAUGCCGUGCUGCCCGUCUUUGUAUAUUAUAUUACUAUAUUAGCGCAAUCUUAGCAGAUUCCUUGAAUGUUCCAGACUUGGAGAAGUCUCUCUGCGUCCGGGUGGGAAAAGGACACUUUAUUUCGUUGUUGUAGUUUGCUGGGGUUUUGUUUUCAUGAGCGCAGGUUACCGCUCGUGGGAAGGUUGCGACACACUGCCUACCUGUUUCUCCCUGUGCGAUACACACACACACGGAACACCAGGCUGUCGUUGGGUUGUUUCUUACAUUUGAUUGACGGGUCGCUUGCUGCUACUUUUUUUUUUUUUUUUUGCGAAUUUAAUCCUUACGUUUUCACUUUCCUGAUCAUUCCCACGUGAAAAAAAACGUAUGAUCGGAUACAAUAUGGUGAUGCUAGCAUAGUGACAUGAAAACUUUAUCAGCAUUGACCUCUACAUAGGUUCCUAGAAAGGUUCCUGGAUUCCUGAAAUAGUUUCCUGAAAAUGUUCGCAGUUUUUGAAACGGUUUAAUGUGAUGACAUGCGGUUCGGGAUGUAGCCAAAAAAACAAUUUUAGAUGAACAGUAUGCACCAGUAUUCCUCAAAAGGAACUAAAAAGGUUCCUGGAACUAAAACCAACCCUACACGCUGCACUUUAAACGUUGUUAAAGUUUCAGUUGCUACGAAAAAUAGUUCCUAGGUACCCGAUAAUGCUCCUGGGAACCUGUAUACAAGUGCCAGGCUUCCUGGAAAAGGUUCCUGGAUUUCAGAAAAGGUUCCAGGUUCCUGAAAAGCAACACAGAACUUUUAUCCCAGAUCCCAUGCAUGUGUCUUUUUUAGGAAGUGGGAUAAAAGUUCCUGAAAAGGUUCCCGGUUUGUAAAUAAGGUGAAUGGUAUUCUGGAUAAAAGUUCCCUGGGCAAGUUAAGACGAAUAACGACGGUAACAAUCGCAGUCGCUAAUUCCUAUUUCAAAUAUUUUCACAAAUAGCAAAAUGAAAAUUUAACCCCAAAUGUAGCCGAUCAGCCAGGACGUGUGUGUUCGUCUUCAGCGUUGUACUGGAGCUAUGAAGCUACAAAGCUACGAAGGCUAAUGGCAGAUACUUUCUUGUCUACAUUUGAGGAAAAUCUAACAUUUUAUUUCUGCAUAUUUUAUUUCCUGCCGCUUGUGAGAUGCUGAUUUUCAUUUCUUGGCACGCAGCAAGUUAUCACGCCUCAAAUGUGUAGAAACGACCUUUGUUUGUUGAUACAAAUUGUAUCUAUUUCUUGAUUGUAAAAAAAAUUGAGCUGUACAGUAUUACAUAAAUACAUAUAUAUAUAUAUAUAUAUAUAUAUAUAAAUAUAUAAAUAUAUAGAGAGUUAUAUAUCUAUAAAAAUUGCUUAGUUUUAUUUAAAAGGAUUUUAAAAAAACGACAUUAAUGCCAUAAUGUUAGUGACACUAUGUGUCACUAGUGUAGCCCAUAAAGAAGGCUUGUUUCCUGCCGGGCAAGACAUCUAUAGACAUGGAUCUCUCUCACUCACUCAUUCUGUCUCUCACUCUCUAUCUCUUUUUCUCUCGUAUCAAAAGAUGGCAUAUAAGUGGGCGUGGCCAAUAACACACGGGCGUGGUUAGCCACACCUCCGCUGAUUGAAACGGAGCUGAUAUCUAAUUGGCCACGUUGAAUACGUCAGCUCUAGGCACAUUGUAACAUCUCGGGAAAAGAGACACGCCCACUUAUAAAAGCCCUGACACACCAAGCCGACACCGGAGAACCGGGACCAGGCCAGAACCGUAAAACUCCCCCUGCUGUACCUGUAUCAGUACCUGUAGUGAUGUAAUGGUUUGACAGAUUAUUUACUGAAGUAGCUAAACAAACAAGCCUCGCUACCGUACUAAAAACAAUGUAUUCCUACGAAGAAGCUCAGCCAGAAACUACAAUCAGAAAUGUUCCUGGGUUUUUGAAACGUACUGAAUUCCUGAAAAGUUUCAUGGGUAAUGGGAUUCUGGAUUAAAAACACCUGGGUUCCUGAAACAGUUCCUGAAAUAAAAGUUAGUAGAAUCCUCUGUAGAAGUUCCUGGGUUUGAGGAAUAGUGCUCUAGGGUAAUUAUACGAGUCGGAUGUGUAGUUUUUCACGACUCACGUCUUGUUUAUGGAGCUUCACCGCGUCACCACCCAUACGGAACAUAAUCUUCGGUCCGGUCGGCUCGGUGUGUCGGAACCCAAAGAGCUGUUCUCACGUAGGAACAGGAAGUAACGUGAUUACAUCGCAGAUGGAGAUCUCGCUCUCUCUCUCUGAUGUAUGGAUGGGGGUAACACACACACACACACACACACACACACACACACACACACACACAAAUGGACUGUAUGCUACUGUCCAAAUAUAUACACAUACAUAUAUAUAUAUAUAAAUAUUUUUCCUUUUGUAAAUACUGAAACCACUUAGAUUUGCACAGUAUUAGUGCUUUUUAUAAGCAUGCACACACACACACACACACACACACACACACACACACACACAGAGGUCGCCUUGCUAACCCCAGCUAGCUUGGGAUAUAAAUGUGUAAUAAAUAAUAUAAAUAAAUCACUCUGGACUUUUGCGUGUACUGAAAUGUGGAUUCGUGCAGAAUUCAAAUAUUUACUGUUUUUUUUUUUUUAACCACACCCCCUCUCUCCUGACAAGUGCAUUAUGGGUAAUCACAACAUGGUUUGGACUACUGGACGAUGCUUGGCUGUGAAAUGAUAAACACAGUGCACUAUGUAGUGGUUUUGGAUGUGAACGUCACCAUGACGACGUGAGAGCCGAGUUCUGAGGUAAAUGUGAAACUGGGUUUUUUUUAAAUGACAAGCAAUUUGGGACGGAACCCAAAUGAAGCAACGACGUGAGGACUUGUACACAAAAAGACACAUUUUUGUAUUGUAUGGAGGUCUCACACACACACACACACACACACACACACACACACACACAUGUGCCGAUAUUCGGUUCCGUUGGAUUUCACAAUAACUCAAAUCAGUCCGUUUAAAGGUUUCCGUGUUCCUGAAAAGGUUCCUGGAUUUAGAAGGUUCUUGGUUCCUCCUAAGGUUCCUAAGCUUUUAAAAAACAUUUCUUGGUUUGGGUUCCUGGUUCCUAUUUAAAAGUUCUUGGGAAUAUUCUUGGCUUCCUGAACCCCCAGUAAGGUAGACUCGUGUCUGAAAAAAAUCUUAAAGAGGUUCCUUAGAAGGUCACCAAGUUCCUGAAAAAAGAUCCGGAAUUCCUGAAAAAUGCACUGGGCUUUGGAAAACAUUCCACGUGUUAAAAGAUUGUGGGUUCCAAAUAAGGUUCCUUAAAAACGUUCCUUAGCCCUUAAAACCAAUCCUAGAUGCCUAAAAGAUUCCUCAGAACGUUCCUGGGUGCCUGUGCUCACAAAAAUCUUCCUUGGUUUUCCGGAGAAAACUAAAUCUGGUGACACUAAAAAGGCUCCUGAGAUGGUUCCCAGGUUCCUGGAAAAAAAAAAAAACCUCACUCAUACAAAAAUUCUGGGUUACUAAUAAAGUUCCUGAAAAGGUUCCUAAGCUCCUGAAAACAUUUAUUGAUAUGUGUAAAAUGAUUUUAGGUUCCUGAAAAGGUUUCCAGGAACAUUCCUGGGGUCCUGAAAAGGUUCCAGGUCCCAAUAAGGCUCACUGGUUUCUGAAAAAAAUAAAUAAAUCCUUUCCUUAAAAAGGUUCCUGGGUUCAUAACAAUGUUCCUACAUUCUUGACAAAUUCCUGUCGUGUCUUUUUUUUAUUUUUAUUCCUGAAAAUGUUUGUUUCUGAAAAGGUUCUCUAGCUCCUAAAAGGUUAUUUGGUUUCCCCACAAAAAAUUUUAAAUCAUGUAUUCAUAAAAUGGUUCCUUAGAAACUUGCUGGGUUCAUGAAAAGGUUCCUGAAAAGUUUUCUACUGUUCAAAUAUACUUUUAUUGUGAUUUAUUGUGAAAUGAGAAUUUAAUAUCAACACACACACACACACACAGUUUGUACACGCCUGCCUUAUAGACUGUAUAACCCUCCAUGUGCGUGAAUCCAGAACUUUUAGCACAGAUGUGUGUAUUGUGGCGUUCUGAAGUCGGUUCUAGAGUCGCGGUGGUGAAUUCUGAUUCUAGAACGUUCUGAAGAACCGACUUUUCUCUGAGGAUCCUCCUGUCAUUGACUGCUGAGAUGUAAACUAAAACCACAAUUAUGAGAUGUGUAUUUAAAAUUUACCAGCUGUCUCUCUCUCACACACACACACACACACACACACACUCACAGACACACACACACAGACCCAGUCUCAGGAAUGAACAGAUUUAUCAUGAACUCCACUGAAGACGUUAAUCUUGAUGUUUGCUAUGACAAAACGAUUACAUUGCGAUUUUUUUGUGACGAAGUGAAACGACCUCUUCAUCGUGUCCUCGAAAAAACUCUUCUCUUUUUGGUUUCUUUAUUGUACCGUGUUGCGUUUUGGGGUUUUUUCUCUUUGCGCCGUUGCAGGCCGGCUGAGUGGAUCUGAACACUUUGGAGUCUCGUGGUGUAACAGCGACAUACAGCUAUGAGUGUUUGGUUCUGUGUCGAACGAAACACUCGCUUUUGGAAAAAAAAAAGAAAAAGAAAAAAAAGACAAAGCCCGUCCCCUCCCCCGUCCCCCAAAAAAGGAAGGAACUUUGUAACUCUUUGGGUCUGUAGACUCAAACAAAAUGUAAGUCUCAAUGACAAAAUGUGUUUGUUUUUUCUUCAAUAAAGCCAAACCCUGUUGGUUA